AUGUCAAAAUGGCGAUUGGGGGGGCCAAACAGAGCAAAGCAAUAUGGCAAUGAUCUUGACCGCAGGAUCAAAUCUAACGCGGAUGGAGAUAAUCUUGAUUUUGCGGGCCCCAUAUAUCCUCCACAGACGAGACAUACGUGGGAGAUGAGGUCAAAAAUUCCUAGGAAUAAGGUAAACUCAACAGGCCACCGGGGGCAGAAGAAAUUGGAAAAUGAAAUUUCGGUUCUAGAAGAAAUUAUUGUCUCAAAAUUACAAGCCAAAUGA